UACGAUUGAUUUUUAGGCUGUGCUCCACGACAUGUUCUCUGAUGUCUGAGGUUAUCUCAGUGGCGUUAUCGACAGUAUGGGGACUUGGUGCAGGUGCUUGUUCACUGUACACAUAUCGACACUGUUUACACUCAGCGCUGCCUCCGUAGUGGACCUGUGCGUCACAGACAACAGCGGUGUACGCUGUGGCGAUGGGAAUCACGUACGCCUCACCCGAAUUACGGCGAACGAGGUUGGACAUGUUCAGAAGAUUGACACUAAUGACACUCAAGGAAGUGUUACCCUGAGAACUCUGAACAUCAAACCACUUGUUUUAGAGGCAGACAGUUUUUUGUCACAGGAAGAAUGCGACUAUUUCGUGAAAAUGGCUACAGAGGAGGGCCUGCAAGAAAGCGAGACAGUAAUCAACCAACCGGACGGCCAACGCUUCGUGCUGAGAGAUCACGAUGGGAACAGGAAGCUCACCGUCCGCGAGAUGAAACAUACAAUUCAGGGAAGCUUUGAUGUUUUUCUGGAAGAUGAAGACAUAUUGAAAAUGUACAGAGAGACAGGAUGGGAUAAAGAUGGUGACGAAAUGAUCACGAAUGACGAACUUAAAGAUUUUUCUCCGACGAUGUUACAAAACGAAAUCCAGAAGAUCCUGAAGGCUAACCCCGAGAAACACUCCAGAAUGAGUAAACAGGUUUGGUUGUAUCCAGACAGAUCCAAAGACAAGGUGUUCGCCACUGUACAGAAACGGGUUGCACGAGUUGUGGGGCUCCCAAUCGAAUUAAUCAAACUCAGCGAUUUCCAGGUAGUAUCAUAUGAUAUCAAAGGCCACUACAAUGCACACUGGGAUUCGUCACGUGUAGAAACAAAAGUACCUUGCUGUACACGAGAGCGCACAAAAAAGUGUCGCAUAUGUCGGUACAUGACCAUCUUAUUCUAUCUAAAUGACGUGGAUGAUGGCGGGGAGACGGCGUUCCCUCUCGCCAAUAACGACACUCUGGAUUAUCAGAGUGUAAUGGAAAAAGAAUUGAUAGACCUAUAUAGGAAAUGCGAAAAUUCCCCACUGAAGGUGGCCCCAAGCAAAGGCAAGGCUAUAAUUUGGUACAAUCACUUUGUGGACGAGGAUACGGGCUGGCUGGGACCACUUGACGAGUUCACGUUUCACGGGGGAUGUCCAGUGAAAAAGGGAAUCAAGUGGAUAGCCAAUUUCUGGGUCAAAACCACAGACCAAAAAAUGAAAGACUUGAAAAAAAUGCAAAAGUUUUACAAAGAAGCAACGAAACACAAGCCCAAAAUAUCCAAAGAAGAGUUAUAACUUUGAUCAUAUGUGUUCCUGUCAACAUUGCUCAUUUUGAAAUACAGUAUAGAUAUAAGGAAUAAAUAGACCUAUAGAUGCUUAAGCGCUUAGAGCCGUAGUUCA